GUUAUAUAUAAGAAGAGGUCCUAUCUUGGAUUAUGGCAGUACAUAGAAGCGACACCGUUGUGUUGUCAGUUAGUAACCUUCGACAAAGAUGGCACCGAAAUAUAAGGUCACAUAUUUCGAUAUUAUGGCGCUCGCAGAGCCCAUCCGUUACCUUCUUUCCUAUGGUGGCAUAGAAUUUGAAGAUGUUCGAGUGAAAGGCGACGAUUGGCCUAAACUGAAGAAUGGUACUCCUUUUGGAAAAAUGCCUGUGUUGGAGGUUGAUGGCAAGAAAGCUCACCAGUCAAUUGCAAUUGCGCGCUAUCUUGGAAAACAAGUAGGCCUUUCUGGUGCUGAUGACUGGCAGAACUUGAAAAUUGAUGCCACUGUUGACACAGUCGUUGAUCUUCGCAUUGCUGUUUUUAAUGCUGUGUUUGCUGAUGAAGCAACUAAAGCUCAGAAAAAAGAAACACUUGAAAAGGAUACAUUGCCAUUUUAUUUGGGACGAUUGGAUAAUCAAAUUAAGGAAAAUGGAGGUUAUCUAGUUGACAAAAAGGCGCGCCAAGGCAUUGCGUCAUCGCGAGAAGGAAGGGUUAUCGUGGGGACGGCGCUUGCCGCCGGCGGAUGUAGCCGGCCCCGUCUCCGCGCGUGCGCCGCCGCCGCCGCCGCCGCCGCCGCCGCCGCCGCCGCCCCUCCCCCGCCUUCCACGGGUUCUUCCUCGGGUUCCCGCGUCGCUGCGUCGGAGGGGUCGCGCCCAGACGCUGCUUCGUCUGCGUAUGUGUGGUGGCGGCUCUCCCAGCCAUCUGCAGCAGGUUUUGUUUGUCAUCUCAAGGUUAUGGCUCCUCAAUGCAAACUAACAUAUUUCGACGCGAGAGCACUUGGCGAGCCUAUUCGUUAUCUACUGGCGUAUGGUAGCAUCGAGUACGAGGAGGUUCGCAUCAAGUAUGAACAAUGGCCGAGUGUGAAAUCAAAUAUGCCUUUCGGGAAGGUGCCAGUUUUCGAGGAAGACGGAAAAGUCAUCCACCAGUCUACAGCCAUUUGCCGCUACCUCGGGAAGAAGCUCGGUCUGGCGGGCGGACAAGACGACUGGGCCGCACUCGAAAUUGAUGCUGUGGCAGACACCAUUGCGGACCUCAGAACAGCAAUUGUGAAUUAUUCGUUUUACACUGAUGAGCCAGAGAAGCCUAAGAAACGAGAGAUUCUUUUGGGAGAGACCAUUCCUUUUUAUCUCACUCGAUUGGAUAAGUUGGUCAAAGACAAUGAUGGAUACUUCGCUCAUGGAAAGUUGAGCUACGCAGACGUUAUCUUCGCGGCUCUGGAGGAAUUCCUGUCUGGAUGCAUGGAGAGCGAUCUUCUGGAAGGAUAUCCCAACCUCAAGUCUCUCGUCGAGAAAGUGAAUAGUAACCCUGAAAUUAAAGCGUGGAUCAACAAACGACCUAAGACUCGAUAUUAACAUUUGAAUACCGAUAUGAACAACAUUAUUUUACUACAUGUAAUAACGUAAUUUCAGAGAACUUCUUCUCUCUUCAAAAAGGUAAUUUCUUUCUCUUUUAGCUGCGAAUUUGCAGUCUUCCUCUUUCACAUUGUGGAACUGCAUUUUAAUUAUGUAAGCAUUUUUUAAGUUAUUGAAUGUGUGCAAUAAUGUAAAAAAGAAACUGUAUCAUGAAUGAGGCAGUGGAAUUGAAAUAAUAAAAACCUAGAGGUCAAUUGAAGGGCUCAGUAGAACUAUUGUAUUGUAUUAUAUGAGAGAAGUUCAGGUAAAACCCUGAUUAUCCAGAACUAUGUCUACGUGGGAUAGCCCCUUGUUCUACUGAGCCCUUCAAUUAUUUAUUGGACAAA